AUGUUAUCUCGUCCUUUUAUAUUGAACAGUGGUACACCACAAGGAUCUCCUCUUUCACCAUUGUUACAUAUUAUAUACAACUAUGACUCAAUGAAUGAUAUUCAACAUCACACUGAACAUGGUCUAUUCGCAGAUGAUGUAGCUCUUUGGACAUCGUCUAAUUCAACAACUAAUCUUAAAUCUAGACUACAACAAUCAAUUGAUGAUUUUCAAAAAUGGUAUAACUUCUAG